AUGCUCCAAGCGCAGAGCCAACACGUCUUUUCGCACCAGCAUCAGUACCCCCAGGCUGAUCCAUCGUGGCUGCAACAUCAGCAACAGCAGCAGCAACAACAGCAUCAAGCCCAGCCUCACCCUCAGCACCAACAGCAGCAUGUGUCCCUGGUCGCUCAGCAGCAUGCCCAGGCUGCUGCUGCUGCGGCGCAGCAGCAACAUUAUGGGCGCCUUGCUAUGAGUGGUAAUGGCGCUGCAAAUCCUGCGCCGGGUACUGGAGGAGUUGGUGGGCUGGGCGGAGAGGGCCUUGCCAAUGCGGUCUCCGUCAUGGAUGGCGGCGUCAGCGAGGAGAAUCGCAAGGUAUUCAUUUGGGUUGCGGAACUCCUGGACCCCGCUCGCCGCGAGGCAGCGCUCAUGGAGCUCAGCAAAAAACGAGAACAAGUUCCCGAGCUGGCGUUGGUGAUUUGGCAUUCAUUCGGUGUCAUGACGGCUCUUCUCCAGGAAAUCAUUUCGGUUUAUCCUCUUCUCAACCCUUCUCAGUUGACCGCCGCCGCCUCCAACCGAGUCUGCAAUGCGCUGGCGCUUCUGCAGUGUGUCGCAUCCCACAAUGAGACUCGGACCCUCUUCUUAAAUGCACACAUUCCUCUGUUCCUCUACCCAUUUUUGAAUACCACCUCGAAAUCCCGUCCAUUCGAAUAUCUCCGGCUUACGUCGCUGGGCGUUAUUGGAGCCCUGGUGAAGAAUGACUCCUCGGAUGUCAUCAACUUCCUUCUCACCACCGAGAUCAUUCCUCUCUGCCUUCGCAUCAUGGAGACUGGAUCGGAGUUAAGUAAAACUGUUGCCAUUUUCAUCGUCCAGAAAAUACUUCUCGACGACAUUGGUUUGGCGUACAUUUGCGCGACAUACGAGCGUUUCUACGCGGUGGGCACGGUCCUGAGCAAUAUGGUCACCCAGCUGGUAGAGCAACAGACUGUGCGGCUUCUGAAGCACGUUGUUCGUUGCUUCCUUAGACUCAGCGACAAUAGUCGAGCCCGGGAGGCUCUGCGACAAUGUCUACCUGAACCGCUUCGCGAUGCCACGUUCUCUUCCGUUCUCCGUGAUGAUGCUGCCACCAAGCGCUGCUUGGCCCAGCUCUUGAUCAACCUGUCGGACAACGUGUCCGAUGGCGUCCCGGCGGCCAUGUAA